GAUCUGUGAUACAAUACAGACAGAGAGAGACACGUGGACGUGGUCUAUUGUCAAUUAAUUUUUGGUAAAAAUAUCAGUUUUUUGAACGAUAAAUUCGGAAAAACUAUAGCUCAGCGGGGAAAAAUGUAUAGAGUGUAGUGAGUCAAAAGUAAACCACAAUCCACUGUUCAAAUUUCAGACUAAUCCGACUAAAUGGAACUAAAACAAGAAGUUAAUGAAAAGUCCUGUAAAACAGAAAUAGAUAAUAAUAAAGGGAGUCAUACCCUUUUUGAUACCUUUAAGAUUGAAAUUAUUGAGAAUCCCAAGAGAGAAAGUACUAAUGAUGCAUUGGAUUGUUUGAUUUUAAAGGAAAACCUUAUACACACUGAAAUACAGCAAGAUGAACAUAUAUUAUUUGAGGAAAAACAAAAAAUUGAAAAAAGUUAUCCUUGGGAAGAGGUAGAAGUUGAAGAUAGCAACGAAUUUAAAUAUCAUGUUAGAAACAACAGUAACUUGAAUCAAUAUUUAACUGCUAAUCCAAUUCUGACGACUGAAGAAAAAAACAAUUUGUCUUCUGAAAUAUGCUCCAAACUAUUUCCCGAAAAGUCAAAUUUAAAUGAACAAAUUAGAAUACAUGCUGAGAAAAAAUGUUUUAUAUGUAAUAUUUGCACUAAAAAAUUUACAAAAAAUUAUAAUUUAAAGACACAUAUGAAAGUACACACUGGAGAAAAACCGUUUGCAUGUGAAGUCUGCUCAAAAGCGUUUUCACAAAACUCUCAUUUAAAAAUACAUAUGAGAAUACAUAUUAGGGAAAAUAAGCACUUGACUUCUGAAAUAUGCUCCAAAAUGUUUCCUGCAAAGUCAAAUUUAGAAGAACUUAUGAUAAUACAUAAUGGAAAAAAAUCUUUUGCAUGUAAUAUUUGCACUAAAAAAUUCACAAGAAAUUAUGAUAUAAAGACACAUAUGAGAGUACAUACUGGAGAAAAACCGUUUGCAUGUGAAAUUUGCUCAAAAAUGUUUUCACAAAACGCUCAUUUAAAAAUGCAUAUGAGAAUACAUAUUAGGGAAAACAAAGAUUUAACUUCUGAAAUAUACUCCAAAAUGUUUCCUGGAAAGUCAAAUUUAGAAGAACAAGUGAGAAUACUUACUGAAAAUAAACCUUUUGCGUGUAAUAUUUGCACUAAACAAUUUACAAGAAAUUAUCAUUUAAAUGUACAUAUGAGAAUGCAUACUGGCGAAAAACCGUUUGUGUGUGAAAUUUGUUCCAAAUCGUUUUCAAGCAUUUCCAACUUAAAAGAACACAUGAGGCUACACAACGGGGAAAAACCGUUUGAAUGCGAUAUUUGUACUAAAAAAUUUACAACAAGCAAUCAUUUAAAGUUACACAGGCGAGUACAUACUGGGGAAAAACCGUUUGUGUGUGAAAUUUGUUCCAAAUCAUUUUCAAGCAUUUCCAACUUAAAAGAUCAUAUGAGAAAACACAACGGGGAAAAACCGUUUGAAUGCGAUAUUUGUACUAAAAAAUUUACAACAAGCAAUCAUUUAAAGUUACACAUGCGAGUACAUACUGGGGAAAAACCGUUUGUGUGUGAAAUUUGCUCAAAGGUGUUUUCACAAAGCUCCCAUUUAAAAAUACAUAUGAGAAUACAUACUGGAGAAAAACAAUUUGCAUGUAAUAUUUGUUCUAAACAGUGUAUAACCAAGACUGCUUUAAAAGUACAUGAAAGAAUGCACUGUAAAGAAAGACUUUUUACAUGUAAACUAUGCAAGAAAACAUUCACACAAAGUUUUCAUCUUAAAAAGCAUUUGAAUGUACAUACUGGCGAAAAACCUUUUUUAUGUGAAAUUUGUAACAAACAGUUUGUAGAAAGAUCGUGCUUAAAAACACAUAUGUUAGUACACACCGGGGAAAAACCUUUUGCAUGUGAAAUUUGCGAAAAACAAUUUUCAAUAAAAGGUAAUUUAAAAAGACAUAUGCAGGUGCAUACAGGAGAAAAACCUUUUGUGUGUGAAAUUUGCUCGAAAGUGUUUUCCCAAAGCUCCCAAUUAAAAAUACAUAUGAGUGCACAUACCGAUGAAAAAUCUUUGCAUGUGAAAUUUGAAGCAAAAGAUUCUCGAGAAAUUACAAUUUAGAAAUAUUUUAUACUAGAAAUACUGGCCAAAAUUAUUUGCCAUAUAAACUUUCUUCUAAAUAGUGUAUUACACAGAAUGAAUUAAUAGUAAGUCUCCACAGUAUUACACAAUAAUGUUUCCCCAGAUCUACUAAAAUUUGAUGUCACAAUUUCCCUAGACUGGGCUACAGCACCUACUGUCUAUCUACUGUUUUCCACACAAAGAACUAUAUAUACUUAGAUCCCUCCCGAAGGCCUAAGGAAUAACCAAACUGCUCACGUGUUUAUAUAGGCUAGACACUUAUCCAACCUAAUGGAUGUCUGCAUCUACCGAGGUGUUAAUAUUAACUCAAGAUCAAUUUUCAGUUGGAAGGUACGAGCUAGAAUCCCAAAUACUAAGAAGGAGAGAAGCAGGACCGAAUUGAACAAACCCUCCUUAAGUUUUAAAUCAAACUUUUUGAAAUAUUAAUUCAAAUAAAGUCAUUUUUCAAGUUUAAUUUUAAUUUAAAUUCAUAAACUUUAAUAACAUCCAAGGCGAGAAGUUUGUCACUAUACAUUAUACUCUUUUGUUCUCUGUGGAUACUUCAAUAAAUUUUUAAAAAGUGUG